AUGGGCAGUAAGGCAUCCACUCCCAAGGUGCCUCGGGAGGAACCCCCGGCCCCCUUUGCAUUGCCGUGUCUCCCCCAUGAAUUCAUUUCAGGGGACUCUCUAUUCCUCACCGAGGAUUACGUGCCAUAUCCUUCCAUUCUCGAACACAAAUGCAUCGUCGUGCAGAUUGUCAACGUCAUUGAUGGGGAUACCUUCCGUGGCAGACACAUACCAAAUGGCCAUAAGCUGUAUCCUUUCCCCCUGGAUAAGAAACACCAGCGAAUGGCCUUGUUUGCCCAGUGCCAGCCAUGGACAGGGAAACUCAAAGGGGAGACUCUACGUCUUCGAAUUUACGGGGUAGACGCCCCUGAGGCACCGAAGAUGGGCCGCUCAGGACAGCCCUUUGCUGCUGAGGCAACCCAGUUGGCUAAGCAGAAAUUGCUGAACAGGAUCGUCUUCUUGCGUCUGCUUGCCAAGGACCAGUACGGAAGGUUGAUAAACGCGCAGUACAAUGGAAAUCUGGAAAGGUUGCGGGAACUGCAGCGGGAAGCCAGUGAGAAGGGGGUCGGAAUGUUCUCCCCUGAUGUGCCACCCCUGGAAACCCCCGGAGCCUUUAAGAGACGCUUGAUGGAGGAACUUAUGGAGCGGCCAGCAAAAGAGGAGUCCAUGAUGGCCAGGUCAGGAGAGACAGAGCACGUAAAGGCAAGGGGAAGGUCUCCUGUCCGUGGCAGUAAUCGAUUGGAGGACACAGUGAGGGCUUCAAGCGGGUCGCGUGCGAUAGGUACUGACCCUCGCAAGCCUGCCACAGAGGGAGAUGCAGAGGCCGUGGGUUCAAAGGAGCAGCGUGGGAGAACCAAGGGCCGGCGGAGACGACGUAAAAAGUCGCGUAGUCGAAGUGCUCGGCGGCGAAAGGCAGCAGAAAGACAACCGGGAGGCUUGGUAGAAGCCUCCAUGGCAGUGUCACCCGCAGUAGACGAAGAGGUGAGUAUCCCUCCUGUACCUGCAGGCGAGCACGUUGGCACUGAACCUCGUGCUGCGGGUAAGGGAGGCCAGCAGAUCACCACAGGGCACCGUAAGGGGCAACGGGUGAGGGGCGUCGCUGACAGCGGUGAGCUCCAUCGUGUACACAUGAACACCCUCACGUUUAAUGUGGAUGAGUCUCCAGCUAUGACAGGCUCUUGGCAGGAGGCUCUUCAUACAGAGCAGAAGGCAUCAGCCUCUUGGAGCGCAAACAGCCUGCAAGACCACCACGUUGCCCAGCAUGGAAGUGGCGAUAACCGACUCCACAGGCCAAACACUGAGGAGCAGCCCCUCGUAGCCCUAGAGGAUGCCGAUCCUUUGCUCUCAGAGGUGUCCGAAGAAUACAAAUAUUCUGGUAGUGAAGAGGCACGAUACGCAGGACUCAUUAAUACUGUUCAGUGUGUUUAUACACCCCAUCAGCCAGAUACGGAAAAGUGGAUCGCGAGUCUUGGCUCAAAUGGGACAAACAGGGGAAGCAGUCCCAACGAGCCUGGCUGGGUUCCAAACAUUGUUGGGGCGCUCAAAAAAGUUCUUUUUGCUUUUUCGUGA